AAGACACAUGCACUGAGGCAACAUAUUUUGUGCCAUUUCGACAUCAUAAAUGCUCGCACACAAAACAUGAAUAUCUGAGUAGUUCCAGCCGAAAAAACUUUUCACAUUUUAAGGACAAUUAUUGAACACCCAAAUAGCCUCUCUGUAUUAUUAUUAUUGAACACAGCAGCAACAAUACUAGAAGUAACAGAGGAGCAACUAAAGAGAUAACAUUAUCCAGUUUAUCGGUACGUAUCCGUGCUACAUCUUGCCCACCCGUGCAGCAGCAGACAUGCACAGUUCUGAGGAGAGUGCAUCUGGAACUGUGCUUCACAGGCUUAUGCAAGAACAUCUGCGAUACGGAACAAGUGGAACCGGAGGAGGGGUAGAAAACGACAGUUCUCAGAUGCUAAGCAACCCCACAUCUACAGAGAACCUACUCCUUGAAAAGGAGGGUCAAGUAGCCCAUUCAUAUCAACUUAUGCCCUUGCAGUUUCAAUCACGACAGGAACCUCAAGGCCAGGAGCAUCAAGUGGACAGCAGUUCCAUGGAAAAGACUUGUGGUGUGAGCCCAGGUACAGGUCAAGCAGUCCCAGCGGCCCAGACUUUGUCCGGAUUUGACACCUUAGAACUUCCGUCUUACGAGGAGGCUAAAAUCCAGUCUCAGCUGUACAAAGGACAGCAAAGUCUGAUGGACCCUCAGUCCCAAAUCCCUGGCCACAACCAACAGACUGUUCAAAAUCCAGACAACCUUCAAAACAAUCUUCAACAAAAUCAGAACCAUGUCUUUCACAAGGAGGGCCAUAAAAACCAUGCACACCAAAGUCAGCUCCAACACAAUCAGGUUCCGCAGAUACAGUCUUCAACAAUGUCUGACAGUCCUGCAAGCUCACAUUCCCAUCUGCAAUCAUUUUCUAACACACACUCACUCUCUUCCCCUCCUUCUCUUUCGUCCUCUUCCUCUUCUCUCUCAGCAGUUCUUGUGGAGGGUCAAGCAUGGGCCCAGCAAGGGGGAACUGGUGGUACAUCUCUUGAUGAAGGUCUGACAGAGUUGAAACAGGAUCAUGUUCGCUCACUCAGUGAAAGGAUCAUGCAACUCAGUCUAGAAUGCAAUGGAGCUAAGCAAAGUGUGGGACCUUCCAAUUCACCUUUCUCACGAGACACUUUUCCUUGUGGGUCUGAUGAUAAUACAGCAGAUUCCCUCUCACCAACUAGUAAUACCUCCAUGAGUAACCUACAACUUCCACCACCACCCUUACCCUUACCUCAAUGGAAUUUGGAUCAAAGAGGUCCUCCCCCAGAAUAUCCUUUUAAAUUUAAGGUACAGACUAUGCUUUCGCCCACAUUACACUCCAACUCAGAGUCUCUGGAACAGGGACACUUCUACAGUGAUACCAUGAGAGCAGCCAUGUUGGAGACAGUGCCACUUAGAAAUAUAGCAAGACAGUGCCCUUUGUCUUCAUCACAGCAACAAACACAGACCAGUCCCAUGGCUUCGGAGACUUGUAUCCUGCCCUCACAGGCUACUCAGCAACAAUAUCAGGCUGUAUCCCUGUCUCAGUCCCUGGGAUUUCCUCUAGCUCAGACUGGAUCUGAGACCCAGGGACUGUCUUCUUGUGUGGCCCUUUUUGGACAGCCUUUCCCAGGGGAAACGUAUGCCAUGGUAAGCCAUGCCAAGCAGAUGCUGGAGAUCCUAAAAGAAGAGAACCAAAGCCUUAGACAAGAACUUCACAAGCAAAAGGAGAAGGCCAGCAAACUACAACGGUUGGAGGUGGAAGUUGUGCACCUGUCAGAAGCACAUGAGAGUUUAGUGAAGAGCACAUCCAAACGGGAUGCUUUGGAAAAAAACAUGAGGAAUAAACUAGAAGCAGAGAUCAGGCGUCUUCAUGAUUUUAACAGAGACUUGAGAGAGCGUUUGGAAACAGCCAAUCAUCAGCUAGCCAGUCAGGAGCUGGAGGGACAAGAUGACGGACACUUGUAUCGUUCACACAGAAGAGAAAGCCUGAAAGAUCUAGAAAAAUUAGAGAUGGAGGCAGCUGAUCUCCGUUCAGCCAAUGAGGAUCAGCGACGACACAUUGACAUCUUAGAGCAGGCUUUAAAUAACGCUCAGAGCAAAGUCGUCAAACUAGAAGAAGAGUUGAGUAAAAAGCAGAAGUAUGUGGAGCGGGUGGAGCGGUUGCAGCAGGCAUUAGCCCAGCUCCAGGUGGCAUGUGAGAAACGUGAGCAGCUGGAACGACGUCUGCGUAUGCGCCUGGAGAGAGAACUGGAGUCAUUGCGAACACAACAGCGCGCUGGUGCAGGCGUUCCCCUCUCUGUGCGUGAGUCCAGUGCUCCUGCGCUACUGGAUCUGCUAAGGGAGAGAGAGGAAAGAAUUCUGGGAUUGGAGGCUGAUAUGACAUGCUGGGAGCAGAAGUACUUCGAAGAGAGCGCAAUGAGACACUUCGCCAUGGAGGCCGCAGCUACAGCCUCAGCUCAGAGAGACACGACUAUGAUCCAGCACUCCCGCAGUGGCAGUUACAGUGACAGCUCGCUGUGGCUGCAUGAGGACGACAGCAGAAGCCAGAGCAGUCGGCACUGUCAGGACGUGGAACAAAGGAUGAAGGACUUGCAUGCUCAGUUGCUGGAGAAAGACGCCAUGAUUCAAGUUCUACAACAGCGUUCCCGUAGAGAUCCCGCUCCUCUGCGUCCUGCCCGCUCUGUGCCCUCCAUUUCCAUAGCAAGUGGACUACACACACGCCAGACAUCACAGGCCGACCACAGAGACCAGCACAGCUGGAAAGGCAGUACAAAUGUAUUCAGAGGAAAGGACCAAGUAGAGCACAUCCUUCCCCCUCUGCCCUCUCUUUCAGUCUCUUCAUCUCUCCCUGGCUCCUCUCUUUCCUCUCUUCCUCCAUCAUUCUCCUCUCUACCUUCCUCUUUUCUUCCCUUCUUGGCCUCUGCAGGUUCAAACACAUCAUUAAUAACCUCAUCCUCCUGUGUUCCCCACUCCUCUCUCCCUCCCUCUUCCUCUUCCACGUUACCCUUGUCCUCAUCUGUCUCUCUUCUGCCUCCUUUAUCAUUAUCUCUCCCCUCCACUCCUCUCCUGUCCCUUCAUUCUAAAUCAGUCAGCAGAGACAGCAGCUGUCAAACAGGACCGAGUCCAAAGACAUUUAGCGCCGGAACCUCCACAAGGCAAGAGAAGAGAGAAUGUCCACCCAGACAGGCUAAAGGCCUAGAAGGUCGAGCGGCGCUGAGGAGAGGACAGAAGAUGCCCCUUCCUGACCUAGAUCUGCUGGAGAUCCUUAUAUGAAACAACAACCCUGCAAAUAUCAUUCCUACAGACAGGACAGCACUUCUGAGAGAGGCAAGAGGGAGUGAGGGAGACAGAAAAAGAAAGGGUGGUAACAUGAAGAAAGAGAUGAUGUAAUAGAACACAAACAAACAGACAGAAAUUAGAUAUUAAGAAAACAAAGGAAGCGCAAAGCUGGAAUUCAAUAUUGUGCCUCCAAAACGCUGAAUUAGAUGGUUGAUUCCUGAAUUCUAUUUUCUGUCCAUUUUCACCCUGAAACAAUCGAGGAGUAAGGCAUUUGCCCCGGCCUGUUUACCUGCACACUCAAUGUCUUAAGUUCUCGUCUGUCUUAGUUUAU